AUGUUUAGUACCGAUUCUUACAGUACUGUUCGAGGCGUAGAUAAGCUAAUUCCUAUAGAUGUCUAUUUGCCGGGCUGUCCACCUAAACCGGAGGCCAUUAUAGAUGUUAUAACAAAACUUCGUAAGAAAAUAUCUCGAGAAAUCUACGAAGAUCCAAUAAGUUUUCAACGACAGAAUAGAUGUUUUACUACCAACCACAAGUUUCAUGUUGGAUACAGUACUUAUACUGGCCAUUAUGGUCAAGAAUUCUUCUAUCAACCGCCAUCUACUUCAUAG